UUCUUCUGCAUUUCUUAAAAUUCACUGCUACACAAAUUUCCAUAUAUGUACGUUCAAGCAAUAUAUACAUAUAUCAGUAAAACAUUAUAUAUUACUUUAAUAACUAAAAUUUCAACCUCGAAAAACAUUCUUUUCUAAUUUAAAGCAUUGUUUAAUUUAAUUGCUCACUAAAAAAAAUUAACUAAUAUCAACCGCAGGAUAAACAUUUCUAUGAAACUCGAAGCUGUGAGAUUUAAUAAGAGAAAUUAUUGUACGAUCUUUACAACGGUUUCAAAACGUUUUCGCACAGCCGACAAAUAUGGACAUACAUUGGACGUAGUGUUACAUCACUUUACAUUUCUAGCAACAGACGUGGAGCCAUUAUCCGAAUGUUUCGAUUCAAUUUAUAAAGCAAACAAAUUGAUAUCGUCAAAGCUAUAUAUUCUCUUCACACUCUCUAUCUCUCUCUAUCUCUCUUUCUCUCUCUUUAUAUUUAUAUAUAUAUAUAUAGUAACAUACCACGUGCUUCGAAAAUUUUACGAUAUACUCUUCUAACUUUAAUCGCAAAAUAGUAUCAUUUUGUUAAUUAUUUUCAAACAAUGUUAUUAUUUAAAAUUUUAAAUAUUCAGAAACAAUUAGAUCUACAAAGAUCUUAUGACUUACAACGUUAAUACAAUAAAUCGGUGCUCAAUAAAAUUUUCACGUAUAAAAUAAAUAACUUCUUACGACAAAAAUUGAUUUUUGCCAAUAAAUAAUACCUGAGAAUUUCAAUAAAAUUUCGUAAUGAGCGCAACAUGGUGUCGCGCUAUAGAUAUGUACUUAACACGCCACGUGCUAGCUUACGACACUACAUGUGUUAACGUUCGAAGGUAGAAACCAGGUAAAGAUAAAAUAAGUAGAAGAAAGUUUUACUCACUUUUCGAUGGACCUUUGUCUCAGAUGUUUUCCGUGUCGACGUUUGUACGUAUCUUUUUAGCCAAAUUCGAACAAAUUACUAUACCGAUAUUGAACACAGGCGUGAAAUUUUCUCAUCGGACGUGUACGCAACACAUUUUCGAACGCGAUAACAAACUGUCUAUUAGUUUCCCAAGGCAAAACUGUAAUCGUAUUUGUGAUGGAUCGCGACUGAAUCAUGAUGAAAGAACAAACAGGAAUUAAUGUAUUAGAAUUUACAACACAUGUUUUUUACUAAUUCGAGAUUCUACUAUCCUUAACGAACUGUCCGCGUGUGAUACGUACAAUCGUAAGAAUGACGCUGGGGUCAUUUCGGUACUCAGCGCAUCAUCUUUUGGGUACCACUGCUAUAUUUACAUUGAUCUACGUAGCGGCAAUCGAAAGAGUUGUUUUCUUAAGUAUGACGAAAUUAAAUUCAAAUGUAGAUUCGAAAUUAUCGGAUGUUGUAAUACAACAAUUAGAACGUAGAAAUAUUACUACUGUUAUCGAAUUUAUAGAUGAAGAUUUAGAUAAGUUGGUGACAUUCACUGGACUCUUACUGAAGGAUAUACUUAAAAUUAAACAGAAUAUUAUACAAAAGUAUGGAGGUGUGGUGGAAAAUGCUAGUAAUUUGUAUGAUAUAGAAUUGAAGAACAGAAUUCCUACUUAUAUAUUAAGUCUAGAUAAUUUACUGAAAGGUGGAUUGUAUCCAGGUCAAAUAUAUGAAGUAUGUGGUAUAUCCUCAAGUGGUAAAACACAAUUAUGUUUAACAAUUGCAAGUAACAUUGCUCUUGAGCAUCAUUGUUUUGUACGAUAUAUUGACACAAAGAAAGAUUUUUGUGGUUCACGUGUAGAAGAAAUUCUGUUAAAAAGAAAUAGCUCUAAACAGGUUACAGAUGAAACCUUGGAACGCAUUAAAGUAUGUAGUGUAGAAAAUUUGCAUCGGUUGUUCAAGGUUUUACGUUGGCUAACAAUUGCCUUAAAAGAGGAAAAAGAAGAAUGUCGUACAAGAAUUAUAAUCAUUGAUUCUUUAACAGCAAUAAUUUUUAAGUAUUCUAAUGAUCAUAAAAUAACAAAUGCACUGAAUUAUUUAGCCAAUAUAUGUUAUUUUAUUGCUAAUGAAUUUCAUUUAUCAAUUAUCACAGUCAAUUUAAUUACUCAGUGGAUUUCUUCUGAUGAAACAGAAUCAGUUAGUACAAAUGUAAGGGAGAAUCGCAGUGAGAUAAUACCAACAUUGGGAAAGUAUUGGGCAGGUGUACCUAGUACAAGAUUAUUAAUAAACAAAUUAGAACAUGGAAACAGAAAGAUUUCUGUAUGGAAAAGUUUUCAAUUAGAAACAGAUAUUUCAUGCACAUUACGUAUAAGUAGCAGUGGUAUGUUAUGUACUUAAUACUUAAUAAAUAUACAUUUAAUGUUAUUUGGUUUUUGAAUUCUUUUUCAUACAAUCGGUGGAUUAACAUAUAUAAAAAUAUACCUUAUCUGCAUGUUUGAAUAAAUAAA